UUUGAUUGGGCAGCUCUCUCUCUCUAGACUGUGUUUAGGGCACUUUUUCUAGCCCCUGCCCCCACAAAACACCAUCUAGCCAAUGACAACCAAACACCUUUGACCUCUCUUACUAUCUUCUUCUACUGUUUUUUUUUUUUUUGGCUCUGUUGAUCUCUCUCCCUUCUACAAAUUUAGUACGAAUUGCUGGCAAAUUUGGAUUCACUUCUUUAGACUCUUUAUUUCUUCCGAAAUUUUCUCUGUACUUUCCUUCUUUUCCUUCCUUGUUUUUCUCAGCCCCCAAAGAAAAGGAAGAACAAUCUAUCCCCACUUUUGAUGCUCCAAUUCUUUGGACUAUCUCUAUUUUCACUGUUUUCUUCAAUUGGGUUCCUCCAUCUUUGAACCAUUUUGAUUGGUUUUGAAGUGCACUUUAUAAAAAGUUCCUUUUCAUGGAUUUUUUGAGUCUCACUUUUGUGAUUUUCAUGUCUUCAAGUUUUGUAUAAAGGUUACUGCUCCUUUCUUCUUUGAAAAUUGAUCUGGGUUCUGUUCAUUCUUAGUGUUUUGUUCCUUUUUAGAUCUGAAACGAGUUAAAGCUGCAUCAUUCACAAGCAAGAUCAUCUUUUUCUACUGUUCCUUGAAUUUUCCUUGGGUUUUGGAAAGUUGGGUCUUUUCUAGAUCCUCCUCAUCUCAUGCUUAUGUCAAAAGUGUUCAGAUUCUCUUUAUAUGCUUCUUGAUUUAAUUGCCUGCUUGGCCAUAGAAGCCUCCACUUCUCUACAUUUCCUAUAUGGCUUCUAAUUCAGUGAAUUCUAAGGCCUUCUAGCUAUGCCCUCCAACUGUACACUGUAAUUCUUAAGAAACAAUGAAUCCAGAAAUGGAAGUUAUUUAUCCAAAAUCAUAUCUUCGGAAUUCGAAUUGGCUGUUUGAGGAAAGCAAGGGAACAGAAUGGACAGCUCAAGAGAACAAGCAGUUUGAGAGAGCUCUGGCCUUAUUCGAUACGGAUACCCCGGAACGAUGGCACCAUGUUGCAUCCAUGAUACCGGGCAAGACCGUUAGUGAUGUGAUCAAACAGUACAGGGAAUUGGAAGAAGAUGUUAGUGAUAUAGAGGCUGGGCGUAUACCUAUACCUGGGUACACCCGUAGUUCUUUCACAUGUGAGAGUGUGAAUGUUCAGGACUUUGAUGGGUUGAAAGAAUUCUAUGGACCUUUCGGUAAGAGAAGUUCAUCCACUCGGCCUUCCAAUCAAGAAAGAAGAAAAGGUGUGCCAUGGACAGAGGAAGAGCACAGGCUGUUUCUGAUGGGGCUUGAAAAGUAUGGUAAAGGGGACUGGAGAAACAUCUCUCGCUAUUUCGUUACCAGUAGGACACCAACUCAGGUUGCUAGUCAUGCUCAGAAGUACUUCAUCAGGCAGCUUUCAGGUGGGAAGGAUAAGAGGAGGUCCAGCAUCCACGACAUCACCACAAUCACUUUCACAGACACUAAAUCUCCUUCACCCGAUCACUCUAUCACAAUUGAGCAGCCGCAGCAGCAUUUGUAUACAAAUGGCAUGGCCAAAGCUCUAUAUGAUAGGAAUGCGCCAAAGGAAGGAGUGACUAAGGCUUUCUACCUACCAAAUAGCUGCUUGAACAUGGCACCUCAUCAUGGGACUUCUUCAUACGGGCUUAGGCUGCAGGAACAACCGAUGCACAGAGGUACUCUUCAUGGACCUCAGUUUGGAUCUUAUAAUUCAAUUUGUCAGAUGCAAUCCAGACAACCUACAUGACUUCAUUAAUAGAAAGAAGCUAAGUUCUGAAACAUGUGAAAGUUCUCUCUCAAUUUGGAUGUCUCUGUCCAUGCUUUAUGAUGAUCCUAUGUCAAUAUCCUAUGUGAAUUUGUCAAUGAAGACCUCAGUUAUUUGAUAGUGAAUAGAACUUAGAAUGCAUUGUGCUUUUAAGUUGAUAUUGUGAGAUAUAAAACCAGAAGGGACAAUUACCUAGGUGAAGUGUGAGCUGAUUCUUAGGGAAUUUGAGGGCAAUCAGAAGUAAUUUACAGAUGGAGCUUGUGUGAAUAAGUGAAUUAACAUGCCAUUUGAGCUAAGAGUUUUCUGAAAAACGACCUUGAGCAAAAUUGGCUACAACUAGACGGUGGGCAGUCCCGUUUUAGAGAGCUACUCACGUCAAGUAAACCGUGCAGCUUCCAAGUUCACACAGUGGAUGAAAUUCAGGAAUCAGUGAGAUAAGUUUAUUUUCUAGAAUGUUUUAGGCAAGAAUGCUUUAUAUAUUCUGUUAGUAUAUUUGUUCACUGUGAGAUUUCAUGAAUUAAUCAAACUAGAAUUCCUCUAGAAAAUCUUCUGUAGUCCUUUCGUUACUUGGUGAAGUUUGUAAAUCAUUGUUUCUCAUCAACCUUUCAGCAAUAAAAUAAUUUGAGCAGGUGUUUCAUUA